AACGAAGCCACAAGCAGCGCCGCGAGCCACAGCUAGCACCACCACCUUGCACCGCACCCGCACCGAGACGAACAGAUCGACCAUGGCUGCCGGCGGCGACGACACCACCAUCGCGCAGGUCCACAGCGGCAUCGACAGCAGCAACAAGACGCUGCUCAAGAGCGAGGCCCUCUACAAGUACGUGCUGGACACGUCGGUGCUGCCGCACGAGCCGGAGAGCAUGCGUGAGCUGCGGCUGGUGACCGACAAGCACGAGUGGGGGUUCAUGCAGUCGUCCCCGGACGAGGCGUCGCUGCUGCGGAUGCUGAUCAAGCUGAGCGGCGCGCGGCGGACGCUGGAGGUGGGCGUGUUCACGGGCUACUCGCUGCUGGCGACGGCUCUGGCGCUGCCCGCCGACGGCAAGGUCAUCGCAUUCGACGUGAGCCGCGAGUACUACGACAUCGGCCGCCCCUUCAUCGAGCGCGCCGGGGUGGCGGGCAAGGUGGACUUCCGGGAGGGCCCGGCGCUGGAGCAGCUGGACGAGCUCCUCGCCGACCCGGCCAACCACGGCGCCUUCGACUUCGCCUUCGUCGACGCCGACAAGCCUAACUACGUCCGGUACCACGAGCAGCUGCUCCGCCUGGUGCGCGUCGGGGGUACCGUCGUGUACGACAACACGCUGUGGGCCGGUACUGUGGCGCUUCCCCCCGACGCGCCGCUCAGCGACCUCGACCGCAGGUUCUCCGCCGCCAUCAGGGAACUCAACGUCCGGCUUUCUCAGGAUCCCCGCGUCGAGGUCUGCCAGCUCGCCAUCGCCGACGGCGUCACCAUCUGCCGCCGCGUCGUCUGAUGUGAUGAUGAUCCGACGACCAAGAUCAUAUAUCAUUCGCUCGUCGUCUCUGUCAUCUUUCAACUGCCUGCCCGCCGCUGUCCGCUGCCGUCGUCAAUUAAUAAUGCAUGGUUCUUGUUCUUUUUUUUUUUGUACUUGCACUGUGUGUGUUGAGUUGAACAUCCGGCGAUGUACUGCAACAACUGGAAUGCAAUGCAACAUCAUGCGU